AAUUUCGUUUGCGUUCAGAGUGGAACCCAACCUGUUUUGUGUCAGCUAUCUACUGGUUAGUGUAAACAAAUCGAUUGCAGUCGGUAAACACCAAAUAGUUUAUAACAAAUAAAGAACAAUAUCAGUGCUUCUGACUUGUUCUAACGUGGUGCCAAUCAUUAUACGUGAACCAUCAUGGACGCGAACGUAAAGGCUAUAAUAUCAGGUGAUAUAAAAGCUGCAAAAGGUUCACUGAAGAAAUUCCUCAAAAAGAAUGAUAAAUUAUUUACUUUUCCUGAGCUAAAGCAGAAUAACUUAGAUCGAGAAAUAUGGAAAGCUUUAACUUCAUAUCUAGUCAAUCCAAAUGCAGAAGCCAUACAUCUUGAUGUAUUAAAUACAAUCAGAAUUUUAAGUCGUGAAAAGAGCGGCUUGGACGAUGUAAUGACCGACGAAUUAAUUGAAACUCUAAUAGAAAACACGGGCAUUAAAGCCGGUGUUUACUUCAACGAGCCGUCACAUUACAACAUUGAAUUGGAGUCUGUAAAAUGUCUUUGUAAUUUGAUUUUUAACAGUCGCGUUGCGUCUACAAUGUGCUGUAAAAAUGGAACAUUAGAAGGAAUCACACAACGUCUCAAAAAAUCAAGGGACAUGAAACCACCAAGCGAAUUAUUAUUUUUCGACAUGAAAAUCCUCUUUAUAAUAAGCGCACUGUGUUCCAACAUUCGCCCAAAACUAAAAGAAGAUCUACAUGGAUUAAACUAUUUAAUAGAGAUUUUAGAACACUUGUUAGGUGGUGAGGGUGAUGAGAACGAAGCAGUGACAGAGUUGGCCGAUUUACAGGUGAACACUGCUUGUGAAAUAUUGAAAACGUUGUUUAAUUUAACACUGAGACCAACUGGGGUGUCAUUUGAUGAGGAGGAGGAAGCACAUCUAUUGAAUUUGGUAACCAUUUUGCGUAAAUAUUUAGUUGCGGGGGCGCAAUCAAUCGAAAGGAAACAUGAGUUGGUCAAUCACAUCAUUAAUUUAUUGACAAAUAUGCCGAAUACUACUUUUAAGAAUUUAUAUGUGCCAAUAAGCGAUGAUAGAAUGGUAAUCAAAGAGAAGCGAUUUGAGAAUUUAGACAUGGAGGGAAUCUUCGAGAUCUUAGAGUUUCUACGGAGGACAUUAAACAAAGAACCUGUAUUUUCCCAUCAACAUGAACUUCUUUCACCCGUUUCCUCCCUGCUACGAAUUGCAACCGUUGAACGUCCCAUUCGUAAGUAUCUCCGCCUCCAAAUUCUUCCUCCUUUGAAAGACGUUCAUCAACGCCCUGAGCAAGGCAACACCUUACGCAAUUGCAUCUGUCGCCUUCUCACCACACCUAUAACACAAGUUCGCGACCUUGCCGCCGAACUCCUCUUCGUCAUCUGCAAGGAAAACGUCAAUCGCAUGAUUAAAUACACCGGCUACGGAAACGCAGCAGGGUUAUUUGCACGCAGAGGACUUAUGGGUGGCCGCCCACCAGCAGACACAUCAGUGUAUAGUUCUGAGAGCGAUGACAGCGACACCGAAGAAUACAGAGAUCUCAAGCAUGGAAUAAAUCCAGUUUUAGGUUGCUACGAAGUUCCUAAACCGAAUCCAACGGCAAAUAUGACCGAGGAACAAAAGGAGUACGAAGCCAUGAAACUAGUACAGCUGAUGGAUGAUUUAACGAAGACAGGCGUUGUAAAACCAUGUCGAAUAGGCCCAGAUGGUAGGCCACAGCCGGUGGAGAGUGUGAUGCAGUUACAGCAAGGGAUUUUAAGUCAGCAAGUUAACAGGAAUGACAGUGAUAGUGACUAAGAGGUAUAUGUUUUAUUUAUUUUUAUAUUAUAUAAUCAAAAAUAUUAACCGUUGAUGUUUGUGAAUAAGUAAAUGUCAAUUGAAUGGA